GCACGCGCCCGCUCGGGGCUCCAGUUUGCUCCUGCUGCUCGUUGCUAGAGGGCUGCAGAAGGACCCCGGGCGGCCCGCCCGGACUAUCUGCACAGCCGGGGGGAUGACGUUAGCGGGCUCUAUGUGGCGUGCGCCCCCGUGAGGCGAGAGACACGGAGCCCCUGUGACUUAGGCCGAGUCCGUAUCCGACUCCCCGUCCCCGCACUGAGCCGCCUCGAGCCAGGCCUGUCGGCAGCACGAGCUAGCCCGGCGGCGGUUGGUCGGAGGAUCACGUGAUCCGAGGGCGAGGCUUUUUGAGAGACGCCCUUGCGCCCCGCUGACGGCCAAGUGGGGAGACGCAGCCUCGGGGCGGGGGCGUCACACACCCCUGUUUGUGCGUUGUCUCGGGCCGCGGCCUCGAGCAGGCGCGUCGGUGCGGAGGGAGGCAGCAGCCGGGGAAAAGUGAAAUCACUGCGGGGGGCUGCUGUCGCGCGGUAGAUGGAAAAAUGGCUCACAACAAUGACUGGUUUCAAAGUUCCAGAGUACCCAGCUUUGCUCAGAUGCUAAAAAAGAACUUGCCCACUGAACCGCCUCCUCAAGCCCCUCCUCAGCCAUCUUCACACCCUGUGAAUAUGGGCCUGAUGUUUUCAUCUUCUGAAAAUUACAACAUGCCAAAUUCAGCACGUAAGGUGACACACAUCACAGGUCAUGUUUCAGACUUGCUAUGUUCCAAAGCAGCCCAUCCACCUCCAAUCACUUCACUUCUUCCAAAGAAAAUACCAAAGGAGUUUAUACUAAAAUAUAAACGUGGGGAGAUAAACCCAGUAUCUGCCUUGCAUCAAUUUGCACAAAUGCAGCGUGUGCAACUAGAUUUGAAGGAAACUGUUACAACAGGCAACGUCUUAGGGGCUUACUUUGCUUUUUGUGCAGUGGUGGAUGGAGUUCAAUAUAAGACAGGAUUGGGGCAAAAUAAAAAGGAGUCUAAAUCAAAUGCAGCAAAACUGGCUCUUGAUGAGCUACUCCAGUUGGACGAUACAGGACCAAAGGUUUUUGAAAGUUCAGGUCCUCCUCGGAUUCCUGCAGAACCCAUAGUUUCAGCUGAAUCAACAUACAUUUCAAAGAUGCCUUAUGAGAGAAGGCAUCUUGUGUAUGAAAAAUUUUCACGAGCUGUCAGGGAAACCUUUAACAGUCUGACUGCCAAAUAUCCUGAGUACCAGAGUUGUAGCAAUUCAUUGGCUGCUUUUAUAAUUGAAAAAGCUGGACACUAUGAAGUUGUAGCUCUUGGCACAGGAGAAUUCAAUUACAGUCAGUGCAUUCAUCAUGAUGGGAGAGUGUUGCAUGACACUCAUGCUGCUGUUACUGCAAGACGCUCUCUGCUUAGGUAUUUUUACAGGCAGCUUUUGUUAUUCUAUAGUAAAAAUCCUAUUAUGAUGGACAAAUCCAUAUUUUGUAUGGAACCAGCAUCAAGCCUACUCAGUUUAAAACAAAAUAUAAAUAUUUUUCUCUACAUGAAUCAGUUGCCAAAAGGAUCUGCUCAGAUAAAGUCACAGUUACGUCUCAAUCCAAAUUCUAUAUCUGCAUUUGAAGCUAAUGAAGAGCUUAGUCUCCAUCUUGCUGUGGAAGGCAAGAUUUACCUAACUGUUUAUUGUCCCACUGAAGCUGCUAACAGAGUAAACAGCAUGUCAGCUAGUGACAAAUUAACCAGAUGGGAAGUGCUGGGUGUCCAGGGAGCAUUGCUAAGUCACUUCAUUCAGCCAGUUUACAUCAGCAGUAUACUUGUUGGGGAUGGAAACUGCAGUGAUACAAGAGGACUAGAAAUAGCUAUAAAACAACGUGUUGAUGAUGCACUCACAUCAAAGCUUCCCAUGUUUUACCUGGUCAACAGACCUCAUAUUAGUUUGGUGACUGCUACACAUCCAGUUCAGAUAGACUUGGAGCACAGAUCUCUUAGUGUGAAUUGGUCACAAGGGGACACUUCAUUAGAAGUUGUGGAUGGUUUCAAUGGGAAAAUCACUGAAAGUUCACCAUUCAAAAGUGGCACUUCAAUGGCAAGCCGUCUUUGCAAGGCUGCAAUGUUAAAUCGUUUCAAACUGGUUUCUAAGGAAGCGAAAAGAAGCGAUUUGCUUGAAGCUAGUACAUAUCAUGAAGCAAAGAUUAAGUCAACACUCUACCAGGAAGCUAAACAUUUGCUGAAAAGCUAUCUAGAGCAGUAUGGCUACGGAUCAUGGAUUGUGAAGUCUCCGCAUAUUGGACAGUUCAGCAUGUAACUACUAAGCUGAUAUUGGUUUUUAUCACCUAUAUCAAUAAAAAAGUUAAUUUUGCGAGUAAAAUAUUUGGAUAUUGGUAGUCUUAAUCUUUCAAAUCAGAGCCAUUUAUAGCAAUAGCAAGUGAAUGGCUCAAAGACUUCUAUGGUCAGUUUAAACACAAAUAUUAGACUACCUCUUGUAACAAAUAAGUCUUACUCAAGACACCAGUGAUUGUUUUAGAUAAUCUCACAAAGCUGCUAUUAAAGAGUCUUAUCUGUAUUGUUUUGUGGUGUUCUCUAAAGACCGAGAUUUUUCCUGUCAAAUUUGCAAUGUCACAGAUUAUAUGUUGAUUUUUCCAGCUUCUCACAGAUGUUUCUUCAGUGAAAUUUGGCUUUCUUCAGAGGAUGCUAUUAAUGUCCUUUUAUGGUUUAGUUGUAAGAGUGAAACACUUUUUGAUAUCCAAAAUCAAUCACACUAACUUAAUGAAAAGUGACGGUUGUUAAUACUGGCUUAAGGCAUCUUUUGUUUGAGUUAAUUUAAACCAGUCUUCAUUGGAAUACCUUAAUUUAGGAUUAUUCAGUGGAACACUGUAUUAUACAAGUCCAUGCAGGAGGCUAAUAAAAGUUUACUGUAUACUUAGAGGUAAAACUUCAGUAUUGUUAAUAUCAAACUUUUACUUCUCAGAAAUGAUACUUUUGGUGUUUAUCAAUGUUAAGCAUUUUAGCUUCCUAACUUUCAGUGAGUUUAGCAAUAGUGGAAAAGUGCACGAUUGAUAGUGUUGGACAAUGAAGUCUUUAGCCACAAUAAGUGUUGCUUAAGUAAUGGUGAAAGUUUCCUUAUAUUGCAUUGACAGUGAGCUUUGCUCCUAACAUGGGAAAUAGGCCUGGUACUUUCCUCUCAUUUAGCUCUCUGAAGCCCACAAUGAGGCUUACUAACUUGGUUGCAUCCUUUGAGGACUGGGAUUACAACUCUCUUCGGUCUUUUUCCUGUACCCAAGGUGUGUUUAAAAGUUCUGAAUUAGCUUUCUUCAAAGUCAGUGUUCAGUUACUUGGUGAAGUAAGUGUGAGUGAAUGGUAUAAUUUAAUGGGUUAAAUAGUUGUUUCCUGUUCUAACAUUUUAUUGACAAAUUAUGAGAACAGAGGAGAUCCCUACAAUUUUCAUUUAUCUAGAUUAAGGUUAGAGUAG